UCUAAUUCUCUCUCUCGCUCCUCGUAUCAAACUCUCAGAACGAAGUUCUUCCCUGGCCACUUGCUUCCUAGAGAGGAAGCUCUGCAGGUGUCUCUAUAUGAAGGUGGUUUCAUCUUGGCAACUGGAGACCAAGUAAUCGUUUGCCCCUUUAAGAUAGUGAUCGACAAUUUGUAUAUAUGGCCAACGGAAGGCAUAUUCCACAAGUGUAUGAGAAUUCAACUCCUGGUGCCGGAAUGACAUCUUAUGGUUUUUUGCCCGCUGCACAUCACUCCGUUGAUCCACUUCAUCGUGAAAUUUUGGAGGGCAAAUUAGUCUCUCAGGCGGCAGAAAUAGAGCAGCUCGUUACCGACAAUCAUACAUUAGCGUCUACUCAUGUGACCUUGAAGCAGGACAUUUCUGCAGUUCACGAGGAAAUAGAGAAACUCCGAGAUCAUGUUAGAAGCAUUCGAACUGAAAGUGAUAUCCAGAUUCGGGUCAUAUUGGACAAGAUGGCAAAAAAGGAAGGGGACGUUCAAGCUUCUGAUAGUAUCAAGAACGAUCUACAACAAUCCAUUAACGAGGUACAAAAUUUAGUUACCAUUACUCAAGAGUUGGAUGCUAAAUUAAAGCCCGCUACUGAAGAAUUAGAGAAAACUCGUUUAGAAGCCAAGAAAUUACCAGAAGUGCGGGCUGAACUUGAAAAUUUGCAGCAAGAACACCAACAGUUACGCGAGACAUUUGAGUUUGAGAAAGGUAAAAACAUAGCGAAAGUUGAACAAAUGAAACUUCUGGAGACCGACGUGGUUGCCAAGGCUACUGAAGUGGAAAGAUUGCGGACCGAGUUGCUAAAUGCUGAGAGGAGAGCGAAAGAAAUCCACUCGUAUGGUCAGCCUUACGGGUACCCAACCCCUCCAAUGCACGCUAGCAUGCCUUAUAUGGAUGGCUACGGUAGACCUCCCGCACAAAUUACGGGAGAAAGGGCGUUUCCUUAUGGCACUGGCGGAACUGCUCCUGGAGUUGGAGGCGUGGCCGCCCCUCCAAAUCCCGGGGCCUGGGGACGAGGACCUUAUUAAGCUUCGCUUGCUAGUCAGUAAACUCAGGUGUAGAUUAUAUGUGAAUCCCCUGACUAUUGCUUCUGUAAAUUUUAUUUUAGAUUUUGUGCCAUUCUUUAUCAUUUGGCUAUAAGCCUAUAACCAUAUCUGAGUUAUGUAUGAGCAUAAUGACUAAUUGACUAGAAUGGUAUAUAUAACUAUAUAUCCAAGUUUUAAUGAUUAAAAUUGUAGUUUCAA